AUGGUCCCCUACGGCCAACAGAUCGGUGCGUCGACGGCGGAGAUCGCCGGCUUCACCACGGUGCGCUUUGGCAUGGCCGUGGUCUCUCUGCUGUGGAUGCCCAGGCUCGCAGACACCAAGGGCGUGAAGCUCUGCAUCCUGAUCUCCGUCUUCGGAACAGCCAUCGCCUAUGGACUUCAGGGGAAUGCUUAUCUCUUCAGCGGCUGCGAGCGGCAGCUGCAUUCCAUGCCGCCUGGAGAUUCGAUGAACCUAUGGGCGGGACAUGAGUGCGUCGUGGUGAACGGCACCGUGGGCAUUGUGGAAACCAUCGGAAAUAGCUCAGAAGUGGGUGUUGCUACAGCCCUGGGCUCUGGAGGAGUGCUCGAGUGCACAGAGGACUGCGGCAACAAGGGUGGCGUGUAUGUGAUGAUGGCGGGGCGGGCCUUGGCUGGCUUCUUUGGCGGCACGCAGCCCGUCCUCCGGGCCUACGUCACGCAGAUCUCCCUCCCAAACAUGGCGCUCGUGAAGCUCCGCAGCACGGUCCUCUUCGCAUCCAUGCAGGCCGGGAACUUCGCCCUCGCUCCCAUCGCCGGAGUCAUCAGUCGCUUCGGCUUACAUUGGCCAUGGUACGUGUCCACUGGAGUGGCGGUCUUGUGCUUGGUCUUCGUGACCGCUUUCUUCAAGAACAAGGAGGAGAGCUCUGGAGUCGCCGAGUUCGGAACGCCGGGCAUCCGCUCCGCGCCUGAGGACAUCCUGAUGCAAGGAAAGAAGAAGGUCGACGCGGAGGAGGGUGAGCAGGCGCUGCAUCAGCUGGAUCGUGGCAUCCUUUUCAAGCACUGCGUUCAGUUGCAGGCACGGCAGUUCGUCUGCCGCUUUCCGUUGCAGUUGGAUUUGACGAUGCCCUGCAAGGAUAAGAUCCUGUUGCUGAUGCUGCUGGCUUACUGGUGCGUCUUCCAGUGCGUCGCUGCACCUUGGCUGCAGGCAGAAAGUCUUUCCAGGAAAGGUCCUGUGGCCUGCGGGCUCCGGCAGGCUUUGAUACUGUUGUUGCCCUUGCUCCUGGAGUACGAGAGCUUUGGCCUCAUGGACCCAACCUCUCUGGAGAAGUCUCGCGAGAGUUUGGCAGCAGCAACAUCCAUGGUCAUGGUACCGCACGGGAUCGCGAAUUUCGCGAUGUCCACCGUCGGCUUCCUGAUCCUUUCCUCGAAAAUCGGCGACCGUGCUACUAUGCGGGUCGGCGCGACGCUGGCUUCUGCGCUGCUUUGCUUCUAUGGCUAUGCCUCGAGCGAGCUGUGGCACCUUCUCGUGCUGCACGGCUUCGUGGGGGUCGGUUUGGGCCUGAUGGUACCGGCCAUCGCGCCGACGUUGCAGCGCUACAAUACGCUGGCGCACCCGGAGAAGACCUCACAAGCCGCCGCCCUGCCCCUUUUCGGUAUGCAGCUGGGCCAGAUCGUUGGGCCGCUUCUCUUUGGCCUGAUCACAGGAGACGCGCAGGAUCGCAGUCGGAUGAACCUGGCCUGGCUGGUUGCAGGCAUCAGCUUCCUCGUGGGCAUGUUGCUGAUGGACUUUUGCUUCACGCUCAUCUCGCGACAUCCCGUCAUGCGGAAGCUGACGUAUACUCCGGAGCAGAUCAAGACGAUGCUUGAGACCAAUGCACAGGAGGAGGAAGUCUUCGUCGACGACAUGUGCAAGCUGCUGCGUGGAAUGUUGACGCAGGGCAGCCCAGAGUACAGAGGGAUCAAGCUGUGGUCUGGCGUCGCGCAGAGGUUCGUGGCGCGCGUUCUCCGGGAGACCAUCCCGCGGAUGCGCGAGGAUCCGGAAGGGCACUUGGAGGACGUGGCUGCCUGGAUCGCCAAAGUCGGCACGGAUGCAGACUUGGACUACUUCCAUGCCAAGUUCCCUCAUAUCCCACGGCACAGGAGGUGGCAGAGCGAUGCCUACGUGGGAGAGCACCAAUUCAAUGACGACGUCGCCUGCAUCUCGGGCACUGGGAAAGCACGAAGUGCAGCCACCGUUUCAGCCAGAAUCCAGAAUGCAACGAGUCCGGUCUUGUGA